UCGGCCACGGGCGAUUAGUAUGACGACCAGCUGAUGUGUUAAUUCUACUCCCUCACGGCGUCGGCAAGAUUGACGAUUCAACGGAAGGAUGCUGGGUGGUGUGGGUGGUCGACACGUGUCUACACGUCGACGUGGCAGCAUUCCGCUUAUGCGAGUGGGUCUUUCUGGUUAUGGCGCGACCACAUCCGGCGGGGGAAAUGCGAUCGACGGCGAGACGACGCAAGAACCGGUGCCCAAGUAUGCCGCCAGAAGAAGGAGGGCCGUCACCACCAGCGAUCACAAGAGUUGUGCCCUCAUACAGACACGACUCAAGCUUGGCGAUAUUAUGUUGGCAGCAGCGCAAGAGGCGGCACAAAGGGAAACUGGAUACGCGAGUCAGUACUACGGGAGAAGGUCGAGGUUGGCCGGACUGAGGGGUGGUCUCGGUGACUGGACUAGCUUCGGAGGGGAGGUACCUGGUCUGGUGGAUAUGGCGCCAGGCCGGGAUCAGGGCGGAGGGACGGGUGGCGGUGGGGGAGGCGGCAGGGGCACCACGUCGUUGUUCAUCCUAUCGGAGGAUAACAUCAUACGAAGGUACACGCGUUUUAUCAUCGAGUGGCCGCCCUUCGAGUACGCCGUCCUGCUCACCAUCAUCGCCAAUUGCGUGGUCCUCGCCCUCGAGGAGCAUCUGCCGAAAGAGGACAAGACCCCACUCGCACAGAAUCUCGAGGUCACGGAGAUCUACUUCCUCGGGAUCUUCUGCGCCGAGGCGAGCCUCAAGAUCCUCGCUCUCGGCUUCGUCCUCCACCAAGGCUCCUACCUGCGCAACAUCUGGAACAUCAUGGACUUCUUCGUUGUGGUGACCGGGAUCAUCACGGCGUUCUCGGCGGGCAUACACCUGGAGAUGGAUCUGCGUACGUUGCGUGCGAUACGCGUGUUGCGACCGCUCAAACUUGUCUCCGGCAUACCGAGUCUUCAGGUGGUGCUCAAGUCUAUCAUCAAGGCGAUGGCACCGCUCCUGCAGAUCGGCUUGCUGGUACUCUUCGCUAUCGUGAUAUUCGCCAUCAUCGGCCUCGAGUUUUAUUCGGGAACCCUGCAUAAAACGUGCUACAGUAUAGAAAACAUCAAUGUAAUCAUACAGGAAGGCGAGCAACCGAGCCCGUGUUACACCCUGGACGACGCGAAAGACGACGCUCCGCUCGGGGCCCACGUGUGCAACGCGAGCGAAUCUAUGUGCUUGGAGCGCUGGGUGGGACCAAACUCGGGCAUCACCAGCUUCGACAACAUCGGAUUCGCCAUGCUCACUGUCUUCCAGUGUAUCACUAUGGAGGGCUGGACUGCCAUAUUGUACUGGACAAACGACGCUCUUGGCAGCACGUAUAACUGGAUUUACUUUAUACCAUUGAUCGUCCUUGGAUCAUUCUUCAUGCUGAACUUAGUUCUUGGUGUCUUGAGCGGAGAGUUUGCAAAGGAGAGAGAAAAGGUGGAGAACCGGCAGACCUUCCUGAAGUUGCGAAGACAGCAGCAGCUUGAGCGCGAGCUGAAUUGUUACCUGAAUUGGAUCUGCAAAGCAGAGGAGGUUAUACUCGCCGAAGAGAGGACCACAGAAGAGGAGAAAGAGCACAUUAUGGAAGUAAGAAGAAGAGCAGCAGCGAAAAAGAAAAAGCUGAAGAAUCUCGGCAAGAGCAAAAGCACUGACACGGAAGAGGAAGAGGGCGAUGACGACGGAGACGAUGAUGCUCCUCUUGUUUCAGUGCCUAAGAAAAAACUCAAAGGAUUCUCGAGAGCCUCCGUCUUCAAGUCAAAAGUGAAGAAGCAAGGCACGUGCUUGCAAUUCUGGCGGGCCGAGAAGAGGUUCAGGUUUUGGAUACGCAACGCCGUCAAGUCGCAACAGUUCUACUGGUUUGUCAUCGUUCUUGUAUUCUUCAACACCUUUUGCGUGGCCGUCGAGCAUUACGGUCAACCGCAGUGGCUCACCGACUUCCUCUACUACGCAGAAUAUGUGUUCCUAGCUCUCUUCAUGAUGGAGAUGUUUAUAAAGGUCUACGCGCUCGGUCCUCGCACAUAUUUCGAAUCGAGCUUCAAUCGCUUCGACUGCAUGGUCAUCUUGGGCUCGAUCUUCGAGGUGAUCUGGUCCGCGGUGAAGCCCGGCUCUUCUUUCGGUCUCUCCGUCCUACGUGCCCUUAGACUCCUGAGAAUUUUUAAAGUCACCAAAUACUGGAAGAGCCUGAGGAAUCUCGUGAUAUCGCUGCUCAGCUCGAUGCGCAGCAUCAUCUCCCUUCUCUUCCUGCUCUUCCUCUUCAUUCUCAUAUUUGCGCUGCUCGGUAUGCAGCUGUUCGGCGGCCAGUUCAAUUUCGAGAGUGGCACGCCGCCCACCAACUUCAACACGUUUCCCAUCGCACUACUCACUGUCUUCCAAAUCCUGACUGGAGAAGACUGGAACGAAGUGAUGUACCAAGGUAUCGAAUCGCAGGGCAUGGCCCACUCGCUCUACUUCAUCGUGCUGGUGCUGUUCGGCAACUACACCUUGCUGAACGUCUUCUUGGCUAUCGCUGUCGAUAAUCUUGCGAACGCGCAAGAACUUAGCGCCGCCGAGGAGGAGCAGAAGGAGGAAGACAAAGAGAAGCAGUUACAAGAGCUCGAGAAAGAGAUUGAGUCGCUGCAGAAGCCCGGGGACGGUAGCGCACCGAAGGUGGAAAUCUGCCCUCCAAGUCCAAGCCAGAAUUUAGACGGAAGAGGUGAAAAUCAGGCGUCCGAAGAAAGGAGGCAGGAUGAAGACGACGACACGGGACCAAAACCAAUGCUGCCAUACUCCUCCAUGUUUAUAUUGUCCCCUACGAAUCCCAUAAGAAGAGCCGCCCACUGGGUCGUGAACCUUCGGUACUUCGACUUCUUCAUAAUGUUGGUGAUAUCGCUGUCGAGUAUCGCGCUGGCCGCCGAGGAUCCCGUCUGGGAGAACGCGCCGAGGAACAAGAUCCUCAAUUACUUCGACUACGCGUUCACCGGUGUUUUUACCGUCGAGAUGGUGUUGAAAAUUAUCGAUCUCGGCAUCAUACUGCAUCCGGGCUCGUAUCUGCGCGAGUUCUGGAACGUAAUGGACGCGGUCGUAGUGAUAUGCGCCAUGGUGUCGUUCGCCUUCGACAUGACCGGUAGCUCGGCCGGCCAGAACCUUUCGACUAUUAAAUCGCUGCGAGUGCUACGAGUGCUCAGGCCGCUCAAGACGAUAAAACGCGUGCCGAAACUCAAGGCGGUGUUCGACUGCGUGGUGAACAGUCUCAAGAACGUCAUUAACAUUCUCAUAGUGUACAUAUUGUUUCAAUUCAUCUUCGCUGUGAUCGCGGUGCAGCUGUUCAACGGUAAAUUCUUCCACUGCACCGAUGAGAGCAAGUAUACGAAAGAUGAUUGCAACGGUUACUUCUUCGUUUACGAGGAGAAUAACAUGAUACCGAAGCUCAAGCAACGGGUUUGGGACUCCCAGUCCUUUCACUACGAUAACGUGAUGGUGGCCAUGCUGACGCUGUUCGCCGUACAGACCGGCGAAGGUUGGCCGCAGAUCUUGCAGAACUCGAUGGCGGCCACAUACGAGGACCAGGGCCCCAUCCAGAAUUUUCGCAUCGAGAUGUCCAUUUUCUACAUCGUCUACUUCAUCGUUUUUCCAUUCUUCUUCGUCAACAUCUUCGUGGCCUUGAUCAUUAUUACGUUUCAGGAGCAAGGAGAGGCUGAACUUCAGGACGGUGAAAUCGAUAAGAAUCAGAAAUCGUGUAUAGACUUUACAAUACAAGCUCGUCCGCUCGAGAGGUACAUGCCGAAAGAGCGAAAUAGCAUAAAGUACAAAAUCUGGAGGAUAGUCGUAUCCACGCCAUUCGAAUAUUUUAUCAUGGUACUCAUCGUUUUAAACACGUUACUGCUUAUGAUGAAGUAUCACGAAGCGCCGGAAGAUUUAUUGGACACCUUAGCCAUCGUGAACAUGAUCGUCACCUUGUUUUUCCUCAUUGAGUGCAUCCUUAAACUCGUCGCCUUCGGAUGGAAGAACUUCUUCAAGGAUGCCUGGAACACCUUCGACUUCAUCACGGUGAUCGGCAGUAUCGUGGACGCCCUUGUGAUCGAGUUCGGGGAGAACUUUAUCAACGUCGGCUUCCUGAGGCUCUUUCGCGCCGCCAGACUCAUCAAACUACUCAGGCAGGGAUACACGAUACGAAUUUUACUCUGGACCUUCGUACAAUCCUUCAAAGCUUUGCCUUACGUUUGUCUUCUCAUAGCUAUGCUGUUCUUCAUCUACGCGAUCAUCGGUAUGCAGGUAUUCGGUAACAUCGCGCUAGAUGGUGAGACUUCUAUUACCAAGCACAACAAUUUCCAAAGCUUCAUACAAGGUCUGAUGCUGCUUUUUCGGUGUGCCACGGGCGAGGCCUGGCCGAACAUAAUGUUGUCCUGCGUAAAGGGCCGACCCUGCGACGCGAAGGCCGGCAAGCAGGAGCCGGAAGGUUGCGGAUCCAACAUCGCCUACGCCUACUUCGUGUCGUUCAUCUUCUUUUGCUCGUUUCUCAUGUUGAAUCUCUUCGUCGCCGUCAUCAUGGACAACUUCGAUUACCUCACGCGCGACUCCUCGAUCCUAGGCGCUCAUCAUCUCGACGAGUUCGUCCGGAUCUGGGCCGAAUACGAUCCGAACGCAACCGGCAAGAUUCAUUAUACGGAGAUGUACGACAUGUUGAAGAACAUGGAUCCGCCGUUGGGGUUUGGCAACAAGUGUCCGAAUCGUCUCGCGUACAAGAAGCUCAUCCGCAUGAACAUGCCGGUCGACGAUGACGGCAAGGUGAAUUUCACCACCACGCUGUUUGCCCUGAUCCGUGAAAAUCUCAGCAUAAAGAUGCGAUGCGCCGACGAAAUGAAUCAAGCCAAUGAAGAAUUGCGGGACACGGUUCGAAGUAUCUGGCCCUUGCAGGCCAAGAAAAUGUUGGAUCUUUUGAUACCUAGGAAUGAAGAGCUGAGCAGAAACAAGAUGACCGUGGGUAAGAUAUAUGUCUGCCUUUUGAUACUGGAAAGUUGGCGGUCGACGAGGUUUGGUCAACUAAAGUCUGCUGAACAGAACGAUAACGAUCUUAUCGAUAACGAUAAUGCUGGGCAAAGUCCUGCGGCCCAGGCGCCAUCGGCCUUCUACAACUGCCUGCUCGACAUGGCGGCGGUAAAUCACACCGGAAAUAAUCACGGAACUGGAAGUAGGGCAAACAGCCUCGAACCGGUGAUCCGACCGGCCGCGGAGGUGAAGCACGAACGACACAAAGAUGAUCACAGGGAUGAGGAGGAUGGGACCAUGGGUGUUCUCGCAGCCGCCGAGCACAGACGUCAGCGUAGCAUCAGAAAUAAAAAGGUGAACUGGAAGAUGUCUCACCAGUACGAUAUACUAGGCAGCAGCGGAGAGAGUAGCCAGGGAGGGGGUGGGUCUGGGGUUGUACUCGUAGUUAAUGGCGAGGAUCGCGCCCCCGAGCUAGAGCCGUUGCUGGCCGAAGUGCCCUCCCAGCGGGAUGAUCAAAACAACUACUACCACGACCAUCACCAUCACGAUCAAUACUACUACGAUACCGACAAUGAUCAAUACUAUGACCAUCACCAAUACUACCACCAUCACCAUCACCAUCAUGAUCAUCAUGACUACCGACCACCCUCGUACUACCAACACCAGAACACCUACGCACCUCGCUCCUCGAUCCGUUACCACAAGGAGCUGCAAGACGUCGUACCGUCCGACUCGCGUGCCGGUAGUCUCGAGAGUCUCACCCAUCCCGGCGACAGAAUCCUUCGUCCGCAUCAUCCCUCAGCACCUCCCCCUAGGCGUUCGCGAUCGCCAAGUAUAAGAAGACACUCGCCAGUAAUGCCUAGAUCGCCAUCGCCAAGGCGACACGGUCGAUACGACCAUCACGGUCAUUACCACGAAGGACCAGGGUUUAGCGACACCGUUAGCAAUGUCGUCGAGAUACAAAGGCACACUCAUCAUUCCCACCCGUCACAGUAUAAUCAUCGGCAUAGGAUACGAGACUAUUACGACCACUGCGACUAUUACGACGAUGGUCCGUGGAGUGCCUCGACGAGUCCGGCCAGAUCGCCGAGUCCGGUUCAUCGGAUCGAUCGCGGCCAUUACGGCACGACCAGUCUAGAACAGCGUUCGCGGAGCCCGAGCCCGAUCGGCGGUCGUCCGCAUCAUCAUCGUCACCAUCAUCAUCCGCAUCAACACAGUUAUCCGGUGCUGGUUACGAGGAGGGGCCAGGGUCGUCGGCUGCCACCGACGCCGAACAAGCCGUCGACCCUGCAGCUGAAACCGGCCAACAUCAACUUUCCCAAACUAAACGCCUCGCCCACUCACGGGCCGCACGGUCCGCCGCACGUGCCGGUCGGACCGGGCCACGUGAUGCAGCAUCCGCAUCCGGCACCGCAUAUGCCGCCGCCCAGCAUGCAGCCGAGCUAUCAUCCGUUGAGCUUCGAGCAGGCUGUUGCGAUGGGCCGCGGUGGUCGCGUGCUGCCCAGCCCAGUGCCCAAUGGCUACAAGCCGCAACCACAGUCCAAACAGAGAGCACCUAGAUCGAGGCACUCAGACAGUGACGAGGACGAUUGGUGCUAGCCAAAGUGGGACCCUGGACGGUGGUCCGGUGACGUGGACGCCCCCAGGCGUCUUAGAGUUUGCGCGUGAUAGUCGUCCACAAGUGAGGACGCGUUGAUUUCGAUGUGAAGGCAAACCGGAAGUGCCGCAGUCGACGAGCUCGAAGCCACGAGGAGCUUCCUCCAAGUCUCGAUCGUCCGGGAACGAUACCAUCCGAUGGAGCGGUUCCACGGCAUUGCGGUAUGUUCCGAAAGGGGUCUAAAGCGAAGUUGGACGGGGAAGACGGAGGCGGAGAGAGAUUCGAACUGAUAUCGAGGGCUGAACACGGCGACCGAACAGGGUCAGCAAAUACACACACAAGGGAGAUCGAUGUGCAAUCUUUUCAUACGUACGACGUCGUCUUUGCACAAAUACCGCAAAUACGCUUUGUUCUACGUAUGGACAUAUGUAUCCCACGAACGGACGAGAUGCAAUCAAACGGCUGAGUUCAAAUUCAAUGAAGAAUUCCGAAAAUUCGAAGCGAAAGAACUCGGCUAUAUCGAAGCAAAAUCGCCUGGUGCGAUUUCUUCAACAAAAAAACAAAAAAACAAAAAAACAAAAAAACAAAAAAAAAAAAAGAAAAAAAGCGACAAGAUACGUUUCAUCCGAUCGAGGACGUUUUUACGACGGCGUAAACGGCGAUCGGCGAAAACGAUCGAGCGAAAUCUCUCGAGAUCGCGAGCGACAGCUAAUGUCGAGAGAGAUAAGUGGUAAUAAUUAAACAGUGUGAAACACAUCGUGCGCGAGACAAAGGAAUCCGAGCGGACGUUUCGAAAGUAGCUUCGGACCCAUCUCCGACUGUAUCGCACGCGAGUUUAGUAUUUUAAUCUUCCCCUCACCUCGAUCGAACGAGGAUUGUCGGACGGGGAAGAUCUACUUUUUAUACGAUUUUCCGGAGGAGAGAUUCAGCUGAGGCUGUGAUCACCACAACCAAACGUUCUCUUACGUGCGUGAGUGUGUUUGUAUGUUACGUGUGUGUAAUUUUUUUGCGCGUGUGUAUGUAAAACUCCCCUUCCCCCACGAUUUGUCGAAAAAUCGCGCUUGACGUACCGCGAAUCGUUUCAUCUCCGAUGAUUAGCGAUGAUAUUAGCGAUGUUAGAUUGUUUAACGACGACGCCGAUAAGAGGAGAAAAAUACGGAUUUAAUAAAACUGAAAAAAACGAAUAGAUAGAUGAGCGUGAUAAAGCGGAUGUGUUCCCUGAUAAAUCGUUUGUGAAAAGAAUUGAAAUCGAAGUAAAAAAUAUAUAAACUAAAGAGUGUAUAGGCCAAAGAAACGUAACCGAGACACUCGAAGUUGCUUUACUGAGAUUUGUGCUUUAUUUCGUGCUGUUAAGAAGGUAGCGCAAAAACAAAAACCGUUCAAAUCAAACGCGUCACAUAUAUAGAUUUCAAAAAGUAGAAGUCGCUACGAGAAAUGCGCGAGAACUGCCGCCACAAAGUACCGAUAUAUUGAGGCGAAGAUUGUUCGCGGUUCUUCUUCGAGCGCGAGAUAAAUCGAACGAAAAAAAACGUCGAAUACGAAACGUCGUCGUUAAUUGUUUGCGAUUGUUGCCUCGCGAUUCGUGCCAAUCAAGAGUUCAAUUCAAAAAGAAAAUCGAAGAACAAAAAAAAAAAAAAAAAAAAGGACCACGAUCGAGGGUGCGCGGAGACGGGAUGAGACAGGUUGAAUUGUCGCGUGUCAAGGGGGGAAGAGAUGCGUUAACGGAGAGAGGGAGAGAAUGAAAGAAAUUUAGGAGAAACACACAAACGGAGAAACACAGUUCUUCUUAAAAAAAAAAAAAAAAACACACACAGUUUUCAAAAGCACUUGUAAAUUACUUGCAUAUAUAAUUGAAUUACAAUACUUAUUACUAUCACUGCUAAAACUACCCUUAUUAAACUAAAACCACCUACCAAAAAGAGAAGUGAAACCAGCUACUCUCCACUACUGUUACUAUGUUUCAGCUACUAUUCAGCUGCUGCUCUACUAUCUCUCUCUCUCACUACUACUAUUACUAUUACUAUUACUGAAAACUAUUCUACUCUAACGCUAACUAUCUUGCUACUAAUGCUGUUACUAUUAUUACUGUAAUAACUAAGUGUAACUAAUUACCGAAGUGCGCGCGUAAAGAAAGAACGAGAAGAGAAACAUCAGUUUCGCACGUAAUUAAUUUAAUCGUUUGAUCAAGAGAUAAGCCGUGCUGACACUACAUUGCCGAGUUUCAAAUGUACGAUUGAAUUGAACAAAGACAACUACAAAAAAAAAAAGAACGAAAAUGGAAAAAGAACAGACAAAAAAAAAUAAAUAAACAAAAAUUGAGAGAAAACGAGAUGGUUUUGCUAAAAACGAGUGCACGUUAUCCGACCCGAAAUCACAUGAGAGACAAGGAAAAAGAAAGAAAAAAUCUUAAAUAAAUAUAUAUAUAUAUAUAUUAUAAAUAAAUUUUCAAUAUACUGCCAAUCAUUAUAAAGUGUUUUAAGCAAACACACACGAAAAUAUAUAGGUGUACAUAAAUAUACGUUCUUUUUUUCUGCGACACGUUUAAAUAUUAUACGAUUAUAUCUGUAAGUGUGUAAAUACCCGAUGAAAGAAGAAAAAAUGCGAAAGAGAGGGAGAGAGAGAGCGAGAGAAAAUGAAAAUUCGAAUGAAUGCAUAUAAGUAAUUGAAUCAGUAAAUUUGAGAAGCGAAAUAAAUUUAUUUUGCGAAAUAUUUUUAUUUUCGUUUCUUCCAGUUUACGUAAAAAUACAUUUUGUACUUUUUACGCCUUCAAUCUUUUCUAAUUUCUCACAUAUUUUUAUUUAUUUUUAUUCAAUUGUUACAAUUGUAAAUGUGAUAUUUGUGGAGAAAUAAAUGUGCCGGAAGAAAAAAAAAACAGAGAUGAGAAUUCGAUCGACUUAUUUCGUUUCUCAGAUAAGUGAUUCGAUUGAUUUUCCGAUACUGCUCUUGUGCUUUGUUUGCGUAAUUUUCGUGUAUCGGCUAACAAUGAGUCAAAAUAAACGAAAA